ACCGACCAUAGUCUUUAUGGACUAUAGUGUGUUAGAGCUAAUUACUACAGAGUACUCAUUUUCAUUACAUUAUCUCUCUUUCUUCCUCUUUCUCUUUCUUCUUUUCUCUCUCUAUUUUCCCCCUUUCUCUCUCUAAGAUUGAUCAAAUAAAUUGAACAAGUAAAGAAAUUUGUAUUUUUGUUGUCUAUUUAAACUGAACAAAAAUAAAAUCAGAGAUAGAUAUCAAUGGAGUUCAGUACUUCAGAGCGCGUCUGCUAUGUUCACUGCACCUUCUGCAACACCAUUUUAGCGGUGAGUGUGCCUUGCUGCAGCAUAUACAACUUGGUAACAGUAAGAUGUGGUCAUUGUGCCAACCUUCUUUCUGUUAACAUAGGAGUUUCCCCUCCAUCUGUUCCUAAUCAAGAAAAUAGUUUCCAGCACUAUAGUAAUUACCAAGAUGUGAGCAAGGAUAGUAGUACUAUGACAGGAGGCUCAUCAUCGUCAACUAUUACUACAAUGACUUCUGAUCAGCAUGAUGAUCAACAAUCUCGACUCUCGCCCAUUCGUCCCCCAGAAAAGAGACAACGCGUUCCUUCGGCUUAUAACAAAUUUAUAAAAGAGGAAAUCCAAAGGAUAAAAGCUAGCAAUCCUGAAAUUAGCCAUAGAGAGGCCUUCAGUGCAGCUGCUAAGAAUUGGGCACAUUUUCCCCAUAUUCACUUUGGCUUAAAUCUGGAUUUGGAUGGGCAAAGGCAAGCAAGAUUGGACCAGGCAGUUGCUGGGAUCGAAGGGACAAACAAGUCUCAUGGAUUCUACUAAAUCCAUAGUUACUCUUUCUACUUUUUGUCACUGCAUAAUUAUUAGUUAGCUAAGUUAAUCAACCUAUGCUAACUUUGUUCACUAUAUAUAUAUUACAUAUAUACACAGUAAUUCAAAUUACUAUAUUGUACUAUAUAUGUACGUACUUUAUUAUUAUGAGUUAUAUGCAUUACUAAUGUAUUGUGACGGUAAA